AUGCCGCCAGCAGAAGGAAAAGACAUAGCAACACUCCUCCGUCAAGAAGAAGAACUAGACGCUCUAGACCCUCUCCGUCAUUUCCUCGCUCCUUCAUCCCCCACACUUGCCUCCUCCACUUGCAAUGCCGAUACCACCGACAUUCGCGAUCUCACCAGCAGCAACGACUAUAGUGUAAUCCCGCAACAGAUCGAAUCUAUCAUCGAGAAACGAACCACGAUCCGCUAUUAUAAAGAUCUCUCAAGACGACCGGAGUUGAUAUCCGACCCUUCUCCGGACGCUGAUGGGAGGGGCAAGGAGUGGUGGGAUGUAGCACUGAAAUUGGAUAUGACGAAGGGAUGCGGGGGGAAGAUUUGGCCUGCGGCUGAAGUUUUGGGCGCUUAUAUAGCGGGCAAAUACUCUCGGUUUGAGGAGAGCAAGGGGGGUGACGAGGGAGAGGAGAAGAACAAAGGCUAUUAUAAGAAUGGGUUCGAUUGGAGGGGGAAGACUAUCGUUGAAUUAGGCUCAGGAACCGGUCUCGUCGGAUAUCUAGUCCACGCCCUAUGCCUUAGCAACACUAGAAUCUUGGUCACGGAUCAAGACGUGAUGCUUCCCCUAAUGCGCGAGAACUUACUCCUAAACUUCCCCUCCCCCUCCUCCUCCUCCUCCCAGUUUACUUCCACCAACACGGACACAGGAGGCCUCGUCGAAGUAGCAGAGCUCGAUUGGGACACAGCACCAGGGCCCAAGUUCACCUCGCCUCAACCGGACGUACUGUUGCUAGCCGAUUGCGUAUAUCUCGAAUCCGCAUUCCAGCCGUUGAUCGAUACAAUGGCAGCGCUGAGUACCAAAGAUACGGAGAUUCUGUUUUGUUAUCAAAAACGGAGGAAGGCGGAUAGACGUUUCUUCGCCAUGCUAAAGAAAGGGUUCGUGUUCGAAGACGUGGCGGAUGACGAUGAGGAAAGAAGAGAAGAGUAUAGGAGACAGGGGACACAGUUGUUGCGCAUACGGAAGAAGUAG